ACGUUGCAGCCCACAGGACAUCCUUGCGCGCUGUCAAAGGGCGACUCGAUGCAUCGGUUCGGGCUUAGUACGGCGACGUCGUGUCCUUCUCCUGCCACUCAAAAGUUGACGAUAUAAAUUCCAAAUACUUAUCCUUGGACGGUCUGCAUUCAUCUUGGAUGAAAGAUGUGCUCCCACACUGGAACAUCACGGUUCCCCUCCAUCCACAUCCUUCUCUUCCUUGUCAUGCUUCCAGCGGCUUUCUCCUUCUCACGACCUCAGUGGAUUCUUCAGCGUGUCCCCGUGGUCCUCCCACAGCAAAGCGAGAGUCGCCCGGCCCCACGCUUCCUGUCCCAAGCCCGCCUUAACGUCAGCUCCGCGUGUGACCCAGAAUGCCACAAAACAGCGCCUUUGCCUAGCUACUGGGACUUGGAGCAAUUUCUGGCUUAUGAGACUCUUCACUCAGACGGUCGACUCACUGAGACCGCCGUCGGGCUCUACGGUUAUAACUUGGCAUCCAACAAAAGCCCCGCAUACUCCUUGGCGCCGUCUGAGAAAGGCCAACGGUCACAUACCAGACGAAAGCGUCAGAUCUUUGGUCACGAUGGGCGAUACAGCAUUGCAGGGCACAACUUUGUGCUUAAAUAUCCUUUCUCCGUGGCUGUCAAACUGUCCACCGGAUGUUCUGGUACUCUCGUCGGGGACCGGCAUGUUCUAACGGCCGCUCAUUGUGUUCAUGACGGUAAAAACUAUGUGAAGGGCGCUCAGAAGCUCAGAGUGGGCUUUCUAAAAGCCAGACAACGGGAUCUACGGUCUCCAAUUUCCAACUUGAGCAACCAUGUUGAGAGCGGGCCAAACGUCGGCCCAAUCGUGUCAGAGAAGAUGAAGUUCCAGUGGAUCCGGGCAAAGCGCACACAUGUACCCAAAGGAUGGAUUAAAGGCAAUGCCAAUGACAUCGGGAUGGACUACGACUACGCGCUUUUAGAACUCAAGAAAGCCCACAAACGGCGUCACAUGAAGUUGGGUGUGAGUCCUCCUUCUCAGAGGCUUCCCGGGCGACGGGUUCACUUCUCCGGGUUCGAUAACGACCGUCCGGGACAGUUGGUGUAUCGUUUCUGUCAGGCCGGAGAGGAGACGUCAGACCUGCUCUACCAGCACUGCGACGCCCAGCCGGGGGCCAGCGGGUCGGGGGUCUACGCCCGAAUGUGGGACGGGCGGCGUCGGCGAUGGGAGAGGAAGGUGAUCGGUGUGUUUUCUGGGCACCAGUGGGUGGAGCGUCAAGGGGCGUCUCAGGAAUUUAAUGUCGCCGUGAGAAUCACGCCUCUCAAAUACGCUCAAAUCUGUUACUGGAUAAAAGGAAACUUUGUGGACUGUCGGGAAGGCUGAGGAAGUACAUUGAUGUGUUAACACCGCUCACAGCACUGACGAAAAAUGAUCUCCAAAACUCAGAGUGGAAACAAAAGUCACAGAUACUACAGUGAACCCCUGCGAAGAGCAAAAAUCCGUCAAUAAUUGAUGACCACCCAAAAGGGUUUGUAGUUGUCGAGAGAUGCCACAAAAUGGUAGCAAAACACUUUUUUCCCCCAAUUCAACACAGCCUCACCAGAUGGUGACUUUUUCCAGCAAAUGUGGAAAUGUUUCUCACUUAAAAUAGUGACAAAAAGCUAUUUCUUUCGAGCUGCUCGCAUCUCCUGUCUCUCAUUAGUGUUGUUGUCCGGUAGAUUGCGUAGCGUAGAUAGUAGCCUCGGUCUGUUCCCGGUUUUCCAGAUCGGUUUCAAGAUACUGACAAAAUAAAAGUGGUCAAUGAGUCCA